CUUUAUUUUAUUAAAGUAAUUUCCAAAUUUUAAUCGAUGGAAACAAUAUCUGUGAACCAUUCACCGGGCAAACAAGUUUCGGGUUUGAGACCAUUCAAGAACCCUAGAAGGAGGAGUUCUCGUGGUAAGCUUUCACGUUCCGGCGGAAGUUUGGCUCCUCCGAUCAAUCCAACGUUAUCUUGGGGAUCUUCACCAGCGUAUCCUCCUUACUACUCGCAGCCUCCUCUUCAACGUGUCAACAGCUCUUCUCUCUCUCUCCAACAAGUCAACAGCUCUCAACCACGUGUCAGGAGCUCCACUAUCCCGCGAGCUCAGGCAAGAAGUACAACGUUUGAAACACAGCAGAAGAAAGUAGAGUACAUUGAAACCGUACCGGGACUAGCUAGAACCGGUUCGGUUCCGGUCCAGUCUAACCACCCGCGUGAUUUCCCGAAAGGAUUUGAUGGUUAUCCCGGUCCAGCGAUCAUGUUAUUAUCUCCUCCGCCGAGUAGUUUGCCCAUGCCUAGGUUUACGAUCAAACAGAAGCUCCGUUGCAACGCAGAAGCUGCCGGGAAAGUGAAUGACGUAGCCGCCGAUAACAUACGGCCAGUUUUACAGCUCCGGUGA